AUGUCAAGAUUGACCAGUGAUCAUCAUCACCAAUACUCGCCACAAGAGUAUGCUGCUCAAACAGAAAGCACAGAGGAACAGAGAAAAGAUCAUGGGCCAUCAUCGAGCAGUUCAACCUCUAAACAUUCCUCUCCAUUUCACAAGAGUACUAGUUUCGAGAAAAUAACCGAUACUAUUUUGCCCGCUUUCUUUACACCCUGUGUAGUUGAAGGGUUUCCAUCUUCGGUUAUUCAUUACGGCAAGCUUUCUUCAAGAGUGAUCACUUGUCAUUACACACCACAACAUUACAGAGGUGCUAUUGCACUUCCUUUGGAUUUCAACACUGUUUAUUGUCUAAAAAUUGCACUCAGUACACCAUCCGUUACUCAACUGGAAAGAGAAGUCUCGAUAUGCAAUUACUUGAAUAAUUCUCUACCAAAUAAUGACAUUGUACCCAAAAUAUUCACAUAUCUAAGCGACUAUUUUAUACUGGUACGAGAACUUGUAGUUGGAAGGUCUUUUCGAGAUUAUUUCAAAGAGUGGGGCGAAAUUUGUAACAAGUUGGAAAACCUCUCUUUAUUUACUUAUCACUUAACCCUAUGCAAAGAAUUGCACGACAUUCUUGAUAUUUCAAUUAAGGCAUGUGAUUCUCUUAGUCAAAUACAUUCAUUACGUGUUUGUCAUCUUGACUUGCGCCCUGAAAAUCUCAUAAUUGACACACAUCAUUCAACCGUAAAAAUUAUUGAUUUUGGAAUGGGUUGUUUUUUAUCAUUAGACAAUCCCUUUGUAUAUUCAGACAAACCUAUAGGUUAUUUUCCAUACAUGUCUCCUGAAGCAACUGGAAAGAUUUCGAAACCUAUUGGAUUUCAUUCUGAUAUUUACAGCUUUGGAUUUAUGCUCUAUGAGAUGUUGGCAAAAGAGCAUCCAUUCGGUAGCAAUAAGGCAAAUUCUGAAUAUAUAUUCUCUCACAUAACUCAUCAACCGGAGGUUCUUUAUAAUAAUCUUAAAAGAAGGGGCUUAAUAAUGGACGAAACAUCUUUAUACGCAAAAUUAAUGAGCGCAGUAUCUGCAGUAGUCACUAAAAUGGUGCAAAAAGCUAUAGACAAAAGAUAUAUGAAUUUUGAGGGAGUUAAGCAAGACCUGCUACUAAUUUUAAAAUGCCUACAGACCAAUGACAUGUCUUUCCUAAGAGACUUCAUUGCCGGAGAACGUGAUAUUCAAACAAAUCUGACCAUUCCUUUUGUUGUUUAUGGAAGACAGAAUGUGAUAGAUGCUAUGACUUGCACGCUGAAUGAAGUACGCGAUUAUAAGCAACCCAAAGCAUUGUUAAUAAGUGGAUAUAGUGGAGUUGGUAAAUCAUGUGUUGUAAGAGAGUUCAGAAAUAAGUUCAAACAAGAUGUUUGCUUUAUUGAGACUAAAUAUGACCAAUCUCACAACGUAAUUAUUUACCUUUUUUAUGAUGCACAAGAGUUGAAAAACAAAUAUAAUUUAGUGAUUCAUUUACUCCAAAUCUAUAGGAAUUUGAAAAACAAACCUUUGUGUAUUUUUUUAGAUAAUCUACAGUGGACAGAUUAUGAAAGUAUCAACUUGGUAAAAGAAAUUCUUGGAUUGGGAACCUGUGAAACUUUUCCCUUUCUAUUAAUUGGAGUAUAUAGAAACCGUGAGAUUAAAGAAAACACCCCACUCGGAAAUUUUCUUAAAUACGUAAAACCGAAGGCUUCCAAUAUCACUGAGAUUGUACUUUCUGAGCUUUCACUCGAAGAUUGCAAUUCAAUGGUCGCAUCAUCAUUGAAGCGCUCCCUUUACGAGACAAUUAGCCUUACAAGGAUACUGUUUGAGAAGACACGCGGAAAUCCCUUUUAUUUGAAACAACUUCUAGUGUCUCUUUACAAAUCAGGAAAAAUUUUUUUCAACAAUUCAUUGAAAUUGCUUUCAUGGAAUCUUGAUGAAAUUCAAAAAGUGCACUACACCCAAAAUGUAGUGGAUUUUCUCUUGCAAAAAUUUGCCAUUAUGAACCUAACAACAAAAAAAGUAUUGGCCUUUGCAUCAUGUAUUGGAUCACGAUUUGCUUUUAAUGAGCUCAGAGACUUACUGAACAUCAAAAUUAAUGAGUUUUCGAUUAUUGAUUUGAAAGAAACAAUUGAUAAUGCCAUCAAAGAGGGCUGGCUUAGUUAUGUGGACUCUAAAGUUUUGCAGUUUAACCACGAUCGCUUGCAACAAGCUGCCAAUCAAUCUUUAAAGGAAAAGAAAAAGAUGUUAAUUCACUACGUGUACGGAAAACGGUUAUUAAGAAAAAUAGAGAAUAGUCAAGCGGUGUUGGAAGAUCACAUCUUUGACAUUAUUGCUCAUCUAAAUUACAGAGCAAAUGAUAACACCCUUUUAAACAAAAAAUCCAAAAGAAACAUGCUUUUACAACUAAAUGCCCUAGCUGCGUCAAAAGCUAUCAACAGCGGUGCCAUAGAACAGGCACGAAAUUUUGUGAGCAUUGCAAAAAGAAUCCUUCAUUAUGGAACAAUAGAUGUUUGGAAUGAUUCAUAUGAUAUUGCAUUUAAACUUUUAAUUUUGGAAGGCAAUUGUGAAUAUGAAACAAAUUUAAUAUCUGCCGCUUCUCUCUUCAAUCAAGCAAUUGACAAAUCAAAGAAUAGACUUCAUCUAUUUGAAGCGUGCUACUACUCUAUUAUGGUACACGUUUCUCAAGGAAAUUAUGAGGAUGUAUUCGAGAUUCUGAAACAUCACCUAUUUCCAACUUGUGACGAGCUCAAGUUUUUAUCAUGUAAUCCGAACAUUGAGCUCCUUAAAAUUUGGAUAUCCGACAAAAUGCAUCACUUUAAAUUGAAUAUUAUUGACAAAAUAACGUCUAAAUACGAUAUUUUGGAAUUGCCAGAUUUAACAGAUGCCGAACAGAUCUAUAUUGUGAACAUUCUAGGAAUAUCUGCACCUGCAUUAUUUCUCAUGAAGUCGUAUGACGAAAACAAAAACGCAUCAAGCAAGUGUAUGGCCAUGAUCAUUUUAUUGUUAGCAUCAGAAAUGGUGUUAACUAAAGGCCUAUGUCCUCUCUGCUCAAUGGUCUUGUCCAGUUUGGGGUGGUAUUGGAAUACGAUAGAUCUCUAUCCCAAAAUGACUUUGUUUAUUGAUACAGCGAUAGAAUUGGCUAGAAAUAGGUACAAAGAUAACAAUCAAGUCCUCUCUGCAUGUCUACUGCCAAAAGUGUUGGGUUAUUUUCUUUAUUCAAAUGUCAAUGCAAUUGAAAACGUUCGGUGGAUUCUCAAUACUAUGGCAUUCUCUUCACCAUUUUUCUACUCUAACAACGAUAUUCGUUCAUCUAUUGAAUCGAGCAAGAAGGCUAUUUCAUUGUUUGACAACAUGGGUAAUUUGUUGUUACGCGAUGCCAGUCAAAUGAUAUUGGACCUAAAGUGCGUAUUGAGUGGAGAAAUUGAAACAUUCAAUCCUGUAUACAAGUGCGAUGUGUUGCAGUAUCCUUUCUUCAGGCAACUCCAUCACAUGUUUAAAGGAAUUUGCUGUUACUUUCAACAGAUGUGGGAAGAGGCUUUUCUUUGCAUGGAAAAAUCAUAUGAGUUUAAAGAAGACUCUAUUGGACUAUGUAGCACUUGGAUUGAUGCUAUUUUUCAAGGUUUGAUUGCUUGCACUUACGAAAACCACCUCCUAAAAAACAAUGUAGAUCAUCCCGAGCUAUUUUCGAGAUGUAAAACUCUGAUUGAUUAUUCAUUGAAAACUCUUGACAUGCUAUCAACAACAAAUCCAUUAGUUUUUAAAUGCUCUUUUGAAUUGGUUACUGCUGAACACCUAUUCUGUAAACAUUUACAAAAAGGACACAUAGAAGAUACAAGACAUGUUAUUUCUUCUCUCAAUAGUGCACUAAAAUGGGCCACUCGAGAACGAAAUCAUUUUAUUUUAAAAUUAGUGAACUGGAGAAUGGGUGAAAUAUACAAAGAUUUAGAGAUGGAAAAUAUUGUUGUAGGAAGAUAUUUAUCAAAUGCUUUUGAACAAUUUAACGAGAUGGGAGCAUCCAUAAUAGUGAAUCAUAUUUGGGAAAGUUACAAGGAGGAUAUUAAUGCUUAUAAUAAUGAGGUCCUGGGCAACAAAGGAAUUGGUGCUGGUUCUCAGCCAACAUUGUCUUCUUCUUCAUGUAGUUCUUCGUCAGAUUCAAUCUGUACCACUCGAGAAGCUUUUCUAUCCUUAACUCAAACUUAUUCAGAAUCGGACAAUUUAGAUUUCAAGGAAAUAUUUGUUUCAAUUCUUCCACUGUUGAGCCAACAUACAGACGCCAGUAGAUGCUGUUUAGUUCUAAAAAGAGAAUCUGGAAUUUUUUUAACACGAAACGAACAAUUAUCAAACUUCGCAAGUGGAGAGCAAGAUACUUAUUUUGAGAAAAAUCACAUUGCAUCUGCUCUUUGCUUACCUAUUAUUCGUGACAACAGCGUGGUUGGAUGCAUGUACUUGGAAAAUAGAGACACUGAAGGGGUUUUCACUACUGAAAAGGUGAACAUUGCAAAGCUAAUUAUAUCUAUCAGUAUUGAAAAUGCUGAAAUUUUCAACUCAAUCAACAAGUCAUACACAAGAUUUCUACCCUAUGAGUUCCUGAAACUAUUAGGCAAAAAUCAUGUCACUAAGAUACAACUUGGUGACGCUGUUUCUCGUGAGAUGACCGUUCUUUUUUCAGAUAUAUAUGGAUUCACUGACCUCAUGGAAAGACUUUCUGCAAAAGAAGGAUUUAAUUUCAUUAACCGACUUCUAAUGAGAAUUGGACCUCCUAUAUCAAAGUAUGGUGGUUUUAUUGAUAAGAUAUUGGGCGAUGGUAUUAUGGCCUUAUUCACCGAGCCUCAGUCAGCUAUUCAAGCCUCUCUUGAAAUGAUGUCUGAACUCGAAUCCUUCAAUAUAGAAAAUAUUUCUAGCAUCAAAAUUGGAAUUGGAAUUUCAAGUGGAGUCGUUAGCUUGGGAACAAUUGGAUUCACACAACGAUUAGACGCCACAGUGAUUUCUGAUACAGUGAAUAUUGCAUCAAGAUGUCAAUCUCUCAACAGAAGUUUCAAUACCCGUAUUUUGGUAACAGAAAGUGUGAUUAAUGCCUCGCAUUUGGAGCCUGGAGAUGUCGCAUGCGCAGUAUAUUUGGGAAGAUUUAUUUUGAAAGGAAAGCAAUUAUUCAAAGAUUUGUAUGAAAUCAGAGAAAAGAGAGCAGUGUCAUCAUCUAAUCGAUGCUUAACCUUAAUUGACGAAAUGGUUCGCAGUUUUCAAAGUAGAAAAUUUGAUCAUUGUUUGAAUUUGGGAAAGAAAGCAUUGGUCACAUUUACUGAAGAUCCAUUCGUGAAAUCAAUUUGCGACCUGUAUUUACAAGCUUGCCCCAUUUAUGGCAAUAGCAUUCUUCCAAUUCAUUGGUCUGGAGAAAUCAGAUUAUCAAAAGAUGGAGAACCAAAACCUUAUUAUUAA